AUGAAGCAAAAUAGCACAGGACGUAUCGAACAAAUCAAUCAAGUAGACUGUUCAGAACAAAGGAUAUUUUUCUGGGUACCAUUUUUGAGGCAGCUAUACGUAUGCACAGUAUGCUCAUCAAUAUUUUUUAUGUUGGGAUUAUGUUUCGGCGCACCGAUAGUCUUCAUACCACAGUUGAGGAAGAACGCGAAUUCUACCAGUGAACCCUUAACGGAAGACAUGGCAUCAUGGUUAACAUCCGUUCUGGGUUACUGUUCAAUACCAUGGGUGAUUAUCCUGCCAAUACUCGCUCAGCAUAUUGGAAGGAAGAUACCAUUCUUAAUAGUAACAAUGGUGACAUUUGUCAGCUUCAUAGUUUUCUACUGCAGUACGAGUCCGAUGCAUCUUUUGAUCAGCGAAAUACUACAAGGUGUUACACUUGCCAGUAACAUGACAGUCCUCAUCGUUAUAAUCGUGGAAUACUCCUCACCUAGACAUAGGGGGGUGUUUCUGACGAUAGAAUCCUCGAUUUUCUAUUGGGGAGUGUGGAUUGCAAACGUGACUGGAACCUUUAGUCACUGGAGGAACAUCGCUAUAAUUGCUUUUGUGUGCUGUCUGUAUUCCUUGACCGCGAUCAUUAUGCCCGAGUCACCAUCGUGGUUAGCUAUGAACGGGCGCUUUGAGGAAUGCGCCAAAGCGCAUCGCUGGCUAAAAGGACAUCACAAAGAAUCGGAAGAUGAACUUGAAAGUCUCAUAAAAUCUCAAAAAGAAUAUCGAAAAAAAUGUGCUGAACGUUUAAAAACAACUUCGUGGUAUAGUAGAUAUCGAAUUAUUAAAGAGACCAUGUCUGCUAAGGGUUUUUAUCAACCACUUUUGCUUUCACUGAGUCUUGUAUCUUUGUACCAUUUUUCUGGGAAAUUAGUGUGUACCAUGUACGCUGUAGAUUUGAUUAGUUCCAUUACUGCUAGUGAGUCUGCAGCAUAUACCGGAAUGCUCAUUUUAGAUGCCGUGACAAUACUCGGCAUGCAAAUCGGUUGUGUUUUAUCAAAGUUAGUCAAUAGAAGAACAUUGUUGUUGUCUUCAUCAGUCAUAGGUAUAUUUUUCUUGUUUUUUAUGUCUCUUUAUCUGUAUCUAAUUAGUUUAAAAUUCAUAGAAGAAAAUGAAAUUAUUUCCAUAGUUCUGUUAACAUCAUUUUCAGUUGCCAUUACUUGCGGUCCUAUGAUAAUGCCAACUAUUAUCUUCGGUGAACUAAUAUUUCUGAGAUAUAAAUGUUCUUCGUUGCUCAUCAUCACAUUGUUUUCUGAACUAUUAAUGGCAACCGUGCUGAAACUCUCACCUCACAUAUUCAAAGCACUUACACUACACGGAGCCUUCUUGUUCUAUGGUACAUCAGCUUCCAUUUUUGCAUUUAUUUUGUACAGAUAUUUACCAGAAACGAAAGAUAAAACUCUGCAAGAAAUUGAGAAUUAUUUCAAAGAGUCGCAUGAGACUGAAGAGGAUGAAAUGUUUAUUAAUGAAAAAACUAAUGAUCACAUUGCUCAGAAAUGUUAGAAUAUUUUUAUGCUUUUACUUGAAUGACCCAGCAGAAUGAUUGUGUGAAAGUCAAUAUAGCUAGAGAGAAUGUUAUUUUUACCUAAACUAUCGGUUUUGGUUUUUACCAAAGCGCCGAAGAAUAAGAACAUGUGGAG